CAGCCUGGGUGGCUGGUUUUCAGAAAGAGAAAAAGCAGGUGUCUUUCUUUCUGUGUUGAGAAUGAAGACUAGAUUUAGGAGGAGGGUGGAAUGCUGUCUGAGAGGACUGGAGACUUCCGGUGAGAUUUCAAGGGGCCCGCCUUUACAUAAUAGAAUGUAAAAGGUGAACCCAGGGGAACCUCGAAGUGCCCAGCAGUUGCUUUGGCCAGCUGAAGUGGCCUGUUCGGUUUGAUCCUGGUGGUAGAACCUCCCUGAGACGGGCACCUUUCUUGCCCUCUCUGAAAAGCCGUGAGGCUUUUUAAGGGAGGUCUCCUUCCUUAAAUCGGGUGCCUGCAAACUGCUUGUCCUUUUCUAGGCAUUUCUUCUUCUCGUCUCCUUUUCUCCCCUCUCCUCAAAAACUGUCCUUAAACUCUCAGUGGAGAGUGGGGGAUGUUUUCGCAAGUUUCUGCAGCUGAAAAACAGAAGUUCUCUGUGAAGCAGUUAAUAGGAUGGGUGUGUGUUUCAAAUAAAUUCCUGUCCACAUUGGCUAAUGUCCCCUGUUAGAGUGGCCUGGCUCUGACGUGGACAGGGCCCAGAGACUGAUGGAUCAGGGUUCGGAGGCCCCAACUGCUUCUCUUCUUUUCCUUUUUUUUUUUUUUUUUUUCUGGUGGCUGAGGCGCAUCAGUUCCUUCCAGGCCGGCCUUUGACUUUUGAUGAGCGGUGCGGUCAGUGCCUCGCGGGGACGCGGCUUUGUUCCUGCCGGGCCGGUUCCCGGGUUGGUGUAGGCCAGGGCAGCCAAGACUCCUGUCCCCAGGCGAGUGCGGCCCAGCCUGCCUCCACGGCCGGUGUUGGGAGCCAGGGCCCAGUAGACCCGGCCCUGCUCCGUGUGUUAUGUUCCCAGGUCCCCGCAGGAGCGCGGGCGCGGCCACUGUGAGCAGUCCGGCCUGCGCCCAGCGCGACUGUAGAUGUCAGGCUUUGCCCGGGGAGCCGAGAGGCUGCGGGGCUGUGAGUUUCAAAUUAACCUUCCGCUUUGUUGCUGUGUAAUGUGGAUCCCCGAAGGCCCCCCGCCCCGCCCGCCCCCCUUCCUCGGGCGGUGCGCGCUGCGAACUGCGAGUUGAGCUUCAUUUACAUAAAGCGAUUCCGGGCGGGCGGGCGGGCGGGCGGCGCUGGAGGAGGAGAGAGGCGGGCAGGCCGGGACGGGGACCGGGACGCAGCGCCGCGCCCCGUGGGUGAAUCCCCGCCGCGCCUGGGGGACCUCCCUCCCCGGGCAGCCCGAAGAUCGCCAGCCCGGGCCGCCACCAUGCGCGCCCCGCCCCUGCCGCCAGGCCCCUCGCUCCUAGCCUGCGCCACCGCCGAGCCCGGGGGGCAGCGGGAGGUGGGGAGAAUGCCGCCUGGGGUGGGUAAGUUCGGGGCUCCGCUGCCGCUGGAAUCUCCCGUUGUUGUCGCGCAGGCCGGAGUGGUGGCCCCCGGACCUCCGAGUGCCUCCUUCCUCCCGAGGUGUACGGAGGCUUUGUGUGCCAGGUCCGAUCCGUACUGGGUGCAAUGAAAGCUCCACGCUGGCCUUACCAUGGAAGGCUGUGACUCGCCCGUCGUCUCGGGGAAGGACAAUGGGUGCGGGAUCCCUCAGCACCGGCAAUGGACUGAACUCAACAGCACCCACCUCCCCGACAAACCCAGUAGCAUGGAGCAGCCCACAGGCGAGAGCCAUGGGCCCUUGGACAGCCUAAGGGCCCCCUUCAAUGAGCGCCUGGCGGACAGCAGCACCUCGGCCGGGCCGCCAGCUGAACCCGCCAGCAAGGAGGUCAGCUGCAACGAGUGCUCAGCCUCCUUUGCCAGCCUCCAGACCUACAUGGAGCACCACUGCCCUGGCACGCGCCCCCCACCGCCCCUGCGAGAGGAGAGCGCCAGCGACACCAGCGAGGAGGGCGAGGAGGAGAGUGAUGUGGAGAACCUGGCCGGGGAGAUCGUCUACCAGCCAGAUGGCUCCGCGUACAUUGUCGAGAGCCUGAGCCAGCUGGCCCAAAGCGGGGCCGCGUGUGGCAGCAGCAGUGGCAGUGGGCCUGUCCCCUCGCUCUUCCUGAACUCUCUCCCCGGGGCGGGGGGCAAACAAGGGGACCCUUCGUGUGCUGCACCCGUGUACCCGCAGAUCAUCAACACUUUCCACAUAGCCUCAUCCUUCGGGAAAUGGUUUGAGGGCUCAGACCAGGCCUUCCCGAAUACCUCAGCCCUGGCGGGGCUCAGCCCUGUCCUGCACAGCUUCCGCGUUUUUGACGUGCGACACAAAAGCAACAAGGAUUACCUGAACAGCGACGGUUCUGCCAAAAGCUCCUGCGUAUCCAAAGAUGUUCCCAACAAUGUGGACCUGUCCAAGUUCGAUGGCUUUGUGCUCUACGGCAAGAGGAAGCCCAUUCUGAUGUGCUUCUUGUGCAAACUCUCCUUUGGGUAUGUCCGUUCCUUUGUGACCCACGCGGUGCACGACCAUCGAAUGACCCUGAGUGAAGAGGAGCGGAAAAUUCUUAGCAAUAAGAACAUCUCCGCUAUCAUCCAAGGGAUCGGCAAAGACAAGGAACCCCUUGUAAGUUUUCUGGAACCAAAAAACAAAAACCUUCAACACCCUUUAGUUUCCACAGCUAACCUCAUAGGCCCCGGACACAGUUUUUAUGGUAAAUUUAGUGGCAUUCGCAUGGAAGGGGAGGAGACCCUCCCAGCCGUCGCUGCUGCUGGCCCUGAGCAGCCCCAGGCUGGUCUCUUGACCCCCAGCACCCUCUUGAACCUUGGCGGGCUCACCAGCUCGGUCCUGAAGACUCCCAUUACCUCAGUCCCCCUGGGGCCUCUGGCUGCCAGUCCUACCAAAUCCUCGGAGGGCAAGGACUCUGGGGCAGCGGAAGGAGAUAAGCAAGAAGUGGGGGAUCCAGAUUGCUUCUCCGAGAAAGCAGAGCCAGCCGAGGAGGAGGAGGCGGAAGAAGAGGAAGAGGAGGAAGAAGAGGCGGAGGAGGAAGAAGAGGAGGAGGAGGAAGAGGAGGAGGAAGAGGAGGGCUGCAAAGGACUCUUUCCCACUGAGUUGGAGGAAGAGCUGGAGGACAGGGCCCCCGAGGAGUCUGGAGCCACAGCAGGUGGUAGCAGCAAAAAGGACCUUGCUCUCUCAAACCAAAGCAUUUCUCACUCCCCCUUAAUGCCUAAUGUGCUCCAGAGCCUGUCGAGGGGCACAGCUUCUACUACUUCUAAUUCUGCUUCUUCCUUUGUUGUCUUCGAUGGUGCGAACAGGAGGAACCGUUUAAGCUUUAACAAUGAGGGCGUCAGGGCCAAUGUGGCAGAGGGCAGGAGGCUGGACUUCGCUGACGAAAGUGCCAAUAAAGACAAUGCCACAGCACCAGAACCAAAUGAAAGCACAGAGGGCGACGAUGGGGGCUUUGUCCCUCAUCACCAGCACGCUGGCUCCCUCUGCGAGCUUGGGGUUGGGGAGUGCCCCUCAGGUAGCAGUGUGGAGUGCCCCAAAUGUGACACGGUCCUGGGCUCUUCCCGCUCCCUGGGUGGCCACAUGACCAUGAUGCAUUCUCGUAACUCGUGUAAGACACUCAAGUGUCCCAAGUGCAACUGGCACUAUAAGUACCAGCAGACGCUGGAGGCACACAUGAAGGAGAAGCACCCGGAGCCUGGGGGCUCCUGCGUCUACUGCAAAAGCGGGCAGCCCCACCCGCGGUUGGCACGAGGCGAGAGCUACACGUGUGGUUACAAGCCUUUCCGCUGUGAGGUGUGUAACUACUCCACAACUACCAAAGGCAACCUCAGUAUUCAUAUGCAGUCCGACAAACAUCUCAACAACAUGCAGAACCUGCAGAACGGAGGGGGCGAGCAAGUCUUCAGCCACAGCGCUGGGGCGGCUGCCGCCGCAGCAGCCGCAGCUGCCGCCGCCGCCAAUAUAGGCAGCUCCUGUGGCGCCCCCUCCCCCACCAAACCAAAAACCAAACCCACGUGGCGGUGCGAGGUGUGUGAUUAUGAGACCAACGUGGCCAGGAACCUCCGCAUCCACAUGACCAGUGAGAAGCACAUGCACAACAUGAUGCUGCUGCAGCAGAACAUGACCCAGAUCCAGCACAAUCGCCAUCUGGGCCUCGGCAGCCUGCCUUCCCCGGCCGAGGCCGAGCUCUACCAGUACUACCUGGCCCAGAACAUGAACCUGCCCAACCUGAAGAUGGACAGUACUGCCUCGGACACCCAGUUCAUGAUGAGCGGAUUCCAGCUGGAUCCUACAGGGCCCAUGGCCGCCAUGACGCCUGCUCUAGUGGGCGGUGAGAUACCCCUAGACAUGCGGCUCGGGGGAGGGCAGCUGGUGUCGGAGGAGCUGAUGAACCUGGGCGAGAGCUUCAUCCAGACCAACGACCCGUCCCUGAAGCUCUUCCAGUGUGCGGUCUGCAACAAGUUCACGACGGAUAACCUGGACAUGCUGGGACUGCACAUGAAUGUGGAGCGCAGCCUCUCGGAGGACGAGUGGAAGGCCGUGAUGGGGGACUCGUACCAGUGCAAGCUCUGCCGCUACAACACGCAGCUCAAGGCCAACUUCCAGCUGCACUGCAAGACGGACAAGCAUGUGCAGAAGUACCAGCUGGUGGCCCACAUCAAGGAGGGCGGCAAGGCCAACGAGUGGAGGCUCAAGUGUGUGGCCAUCGGCAACCCGGUGCACCUGAAGUGCAACGCAUGCGACUACUACACCAAUAGCCUGGAGAAGCUACGGCUGCACACGGUCAACUCCAGGCACGAGGCCAGCCUGAAGUUGUACAAGCACCUGCAGCAGCACGAGAGCGGCGUGGAGGGGGAGAGCUGCUAUUACCACUGCGUCCUGUGCAACUACUCCACCAAGGCCAAGCUCAACCUCAUCCAGCACGUGCGCUCCAUGAAGCAUCAGCGCAGCGAGAGUCUGCGCAAGCUGCAGCGGCUGCAGAAGGGCCUUCCGGAGGAGGACGAAGACCUGGGCCAGAUCUUCACCAUCCGCAGGUGCCCCUCCACUGACCCAGAAGAAGCCGUUGAAGAUGCCGAAGGACCCAGUGAAGCACCCGCUGACCCAGAGGAGCUGGCCAAAGACCAGGGGAGCUGCGGCGAGGAGGGCCAGAACAAGCGGGCAGUGCCGUCCAGUCAGGCAGAGAAGGAGUUGACAGAGUCUCCUGCAACCUCCAAGCGCAUCUCCUUCCCAGGUAGUUCCGAGACUCCACCCUCUUCGAAGAGGCCAAAAACAUCAGAAGAGGUCAAACCAGAACAGAUGUACCAAUGUCCCUACUGCAAGUACAGCAACGCUGACGUGAACCGGCUGCGAGUGCACGCCAUGACACAGCACUCGGUGCAGCCCAUGCUUCGCUGUCCCCUGUGCCAAGACAUGCUCAACAACAAGAUCCACCUCCAGCUGCACCUUACCCACCUCCACAGUGUGGCCCCCGACUGCGUGGAGAAGCUCAUUAUGACGGUGACCACUCCUGAGAUGGUGAUGCCCAGCAGCAUGUUCCUCCCUGCAGCUGUUCCAGACCGCGAUGGGAAUUCCAGUUUGGAAGAGGCAGGAAAGCCACCUGAAACCUCAGAGGAUCUGGGAAAGAACAUCUUGCCGCCUGCAAGCACAGAGCACAGUGGAGAUCUGAAACCCUCCUCCGCCGACCCCGGUGGUGCGAGAGAAGACACGGGCUUCCUCUGCUGGAAGAAGGGGUGCAACCAGGUCUUCAAGACCUCUGCCGCCCUCCAGACCCACUUCAACGAGGUGCACGCCAAGAGGCCGCAGCUGCCUGUGUCAGAUCGCCACGUGUACAAGUACCGCUGCAACCAGUGCAGCCUGGCUUUCAAAACCAUCGAGAAGCUGCAGCUCCACUCUCAGUACCACGUGAUCAGGGCUGCCACCAUGUGCUGCCUUUGCCAGCGCAGUUUCCGGACUUUCCAGGCCCUGAAGAAACACCUCGAGACAAGUCACCUGGAACUGAGUGAGGCUGACAUCCAGCAGCUAUAUGGCGGGCUUCUAGCCAACGGGGACCUCUUGGCAAUGGGAGACCCCACCCUGGCCGAAGACCACACCAUUAUUGUUGAAGAAGACAAGGAGGAAGAGAGUGACCUGGAGGAUAAGCAGAGUCCAACAGGCAGUGAUUCCGGGUCAGUACAGGAAGACUCAGGUUCAGAGCCAAAGAGAGCUUUGCCUUUCCGAAAAGGCCCCAAUUUUACCAUGGAGAAGUUCCUAGACCCUUCCCGCCCUUACAAGUGUACUGUCUGUAAGGAGUCUUUCACUCAGAAGAAUAUCCUGCUGGUGCACUACAAUUCCGUCUCCCACCUGCAUAAGUUAAAGAGGGCCCUUCAAGAAUCGGCAACUGGCCAGCCGGAGCCCACCAGCAGCCCAGACAACAAACCAUUUAAGUGUAACACUUGCAAUGUGGCGUAUAGCCAGAGUUCCACCCUGGAGAUCCACAUGAGGUCUGUGCUGCACCAAACCAAGGCCCGAGCAGCCAAGCUAGAAGCGGCAAGUGGCAGCAGCAGCAGCAACGGGACUGGGAACAGUGGCGGUGUGUCCCUUAGCUCCUCCACGCCAAGUCCUGUGAGCACCAGCGGUGCUAACACCUUUACCACCGCCAACCCAAGCAGUGCUGGCAUGACUCCAGGCUCCAACCUGCUGAGCCAGGUGCCCACUGAGAGUGUGGGGCUGCCGCCUCUGGGGAAUCCCAUCAGUGCCAACAUCACUUCCCCUCCAGAGCCCAAGGAGGCCAACCGGAAGAAGUUAGCGGAUAUGAUUGCUUCUCGGCAGCAGCAGCAACAACAGCAGCAGCAGCAGCAACAGCAGCAAGCACAGACACUGGCCCAGGCCCAGGCUCAAGUGCAGGCGCACUUGCAGCAGGAGUUGCAGCAGCAGGCUGCCCUGAUUCAGUCUCAGCUUUUUAACCCCACUCUGCUUCCUCACUUUCCCAUGACCACAGAGACAUUGCUCCAGCUGCAGCAGCAGCAGCAUCUGCUCUUCCCUUUCUAUAUCCCAAGUGCAGAGUUCCAGCUCAAUCCGGACGUGAGCCUGCCUGUGACCAGCGGGGCUCUGACACUGACGGGGUCAGGCCCAGGCCUUUUGGAAGAUCUGAAGGCUCAGGUCCAGAUCCCACAGCAGAGCCACCAACAGGUUCUGCAGCAGCAGCAGCAGCAGCAACAACAACAGCAGAAUCAAGUCUCUCUUUCCCAGAGUCAUUCAGCCCUCCUUCAGCCAAGCCAGCACCCCGAAAAGAAAACCAAAUUGGCCAUCAAAGAAAAGGAAAAAGAAAGCCAGCGAGAGAGGGAGGGGCCGGAGGGGGUAGAGGGUAACACAGGACCAAAGGAAUCACUGCCAGAUGCCUUGAAGGCCAAAGAGAAGAAAGAGUUGGCACCAGGGGGUGGUUCUGAGGCGUCUAUGCUCCCUCCGCGCAUCGCUUCAGAUGCCAGAGGGAAUGCUACCAAGGCCUUGCUGGAGAACUUUGGCUUUGAGCUGGUCAUUCAGUACAAUGAGAACAAGCAGAAGGUACAGAAGAAGAACGGAAAGACGGAGCAGGGCGAGAACCCGGAGAAGCUUGAGUGUGACUCCUGUGGCAAGCUCUUUUCCAACAUCUUGAUUCUAAAGAGCCAUCAGGAACAUGUGCACCAGAACUAUUUUCCCUUCAAACAGCUGGAAAGGUUUGCCAAGCAAUACAGAGAGCACUAUGAUAAACUGUACCCGCUAAGGCCGCAGACCCCAGAGCCACCGCCACCGCCACCACCUCCUCCUCCGCCCCCACUUCCUGUGGCACCCCCCCAGCCAGCUUCUACGCCAGCCAUCCCGGCAUCUGCGCCACCCAUCACUUCACCCACCAUUGCCCCGGCCCAGCCCUCCGUGCCUCUCACCCAGCUCUCCAUGCCGAUGGAGCUGCCCAUCUUCUCCCCACUGAUGAUGCAGACGGUGCCGCUGCAGACUCUGCCAGCUCAGCUGCCCCCUCAGCUUGGCCCUGUGGAGCCUUUGCCCGCCGAUCUGGCCCAGCUGUACCAACAUCAGCUCAAUCCGACCCUGCUCCCUCAGCAGAGUAAGAGGCCACGCACCAGGAUCACCGAUGACCAGCUCCGUGUGCUGCGGCAGUAUUUCGAUAUCAACAACUCCCCCAGUGAGGAGCAGAUAAAAGAGAUGGCGGACAAGUCCGGCUUGCCCCAGAAAGUGAUCAAGCACUGGUUCAGAAACACUCUGUUUAAGGAGCGGCAGCGCAACAAGGACUCCCCGUAUAACUUCAGCAACCCACCCAUCACCAGUCUGGAGGAGCUCAAGAUCGACUCCCGGCCCCCAUCGCCAGAACCCCAGAAGCAGGAGUACUGGGGAAGCAAGCGGUCAUCGAGAACAAGGUUUACCGACUACCAGCUCAGAGUCCUUCAGGACUUCUUCGAUGCCAACGCUUACCCGAAGGACGAUGAGUUUGAGCAGCUUUCGAAUUUGUUGAACCUCCCCACCCGUGUCAUAGUGGUGUGGUUUCAGAACGCCCGGCAGAAAGCCAGGAAAAAUUACGAGAACCAGGGAGAGGGCAAAGAUGGAGAGCGGCGCGAGCUUACGAACGACAGAUACAUUCGAACGAGCAACCUGAAUUACCAGUGCAAAAAGUGUAGCCUCGUGUUUCAGCGCAUCUUUGAUCUCAUCAAGCACCAAAAGAAGCUGUGUUACAAGGAUGAGGAUGAAGAGGGGCAGGAUGACAGCCAAAAUGAGGACUCUAUGGACGCCAUGGAGAUGCUCACCCCUACCAGCUCCUCUUGCAGCACCCCUAUGCCCUCCCAGGCGUACAGCACCCCAGCGCCCUCAGCCGGCACAGCUCCCUCUGCAUUCGUGCAGCUCACCGCGGAGACGGAGGAACUGACCACCUUCAGUUCUAAAGCAGAGGCGAGCGACGAGAAGCCAAAGCAGGCAGACCCUCCCAGCGCACAGUCAAACCAAACCCAAGAGAAGCAAGGACAGCCAAAGCCAGAGGUGCAGCAGCAAGAGCAGCCAGAGCAAAAGACUAACGCACCUCAGCCCAAGCUCCCACAGCUGGCUGCCCCCUCCUUGCCGCAGCCGCCUCCACAAGCACCCCCUCCGCAGUGCCCCCUCCCCCAGUCAAGCCCCAGCCCCUCUCAGCUCUCCCAUCUGCCCCUCAAGCCCCUCCACACAUCAACUCCUCAGCAGCUGGCAAACCUACCUCCUCAGCUCAUCCCCUACCAGUGUGACCAGUGCAAGCUGGCGUUCCCAUCCUUCGAGCACUGGCAGGAGCAUCAGCAGCUUCACUUUCUGAGCGCACAGAAUCAGUUCAUCCACCCGCAGUUUCUGGACAGGUCGUUGGAUAUGCCUUUCAUGCUGUUUGAUCCCAGUAACCCCCUCCUGGCCAGCCAGCUGCUCUCGGGGGCCAUACCUCAGAUCCCCGCCAGCUCAGCCACUUCUCCUUCCACGCCAACCUCCACGAUGAACACUCUCAAGAGGAAGCUGGAGGAGAAGGCCAGCGCGAGCCCCGGCGAGAACGACAGCGGGACGGGCGGAGAAGAGCCUCAGCGAGACAAGCGUCUGAGGACGACCAUUACACCAGAACAGCUGGAGAUUCUCUACCAGAAGUACCUGCUGGACUCAAACCCAACUCGGAAGAUGCUGGAUCACAUCGCCCAUGAGGUGGGCUUGAAGAAGCGCGUGGUCCAGGUGUGGUUUCAGAACACCCGAGCCCGGGAAAGGAAAGGUCAGUUCCGGGCUGUGGGCCCAGCGCAGGCCCACCGGAGAUGCCCGUUUUGCAGAGCACUCUUCAAGGCCAAGACUGCCCUCGAGGCUCACAUCCGGUCCAGGCACUGGCACGAAGCCAAGAGAGCUGGCUACAACCUGACCCUGUCCGCCAUGCUGUUAGACUGUGACGGGGGACUCCAGAUGAAGGGAGAUAUUUUUGACGGAACUAGCUUUUCCCACCUCCCCCCAAGCAGUAGCGACGGUCAGGGUGUGCCCCUCUCGCCUGUGAGCAAAACCAUGGAGCUGUCCCCCAGGACUCUUCUCAGUCCCUCCUCCAUCAAGGUGGAAGGGAUCGAAGACUUUGAAAGCCCCUCCAUGGCCUCGGUGAAUCUGAACUUCGACCAGACGAAGCUGGACAAUGACGACUGCUCCUCUGUCAAUACCGCAAUCACAGACACCACGACGGGGGACGAGGGCAACGCCGAUAACGACAGCGCAUCGGGAAUAGCGACCGAAGCCAAAUCUUCUGCACCCAACGAGGGCUUGACCAAAGCGGCCAUGAUGGCAAUGUCCGAGUACGAAGACCGACUGUCAUCUGGUCUGGUCAGCCCAGCCCCGAGCUUUUAUAGCAAGGAGUAUGACAAUGAAGGUACUGUGGACUAUAGCGAAACCUCGAGCCUCGCAGACCCCUGCUCCCCAAGCCCCGGGGCCAGCGGGUCUGCAGGUAAAUCUGGUGACGGCGGGGAUCGGCCCGGGCAGAAACGUUUUCGCACUCAGAUGACCAAUCUGCAGCUGAAGGUCCUCAAGUCGUGCUUCAAUGACUACAGGACACCCACCAUGCUGGAGUGUGAGGUCCUCGGCAAUGACAUUGGACUGCCAAAGAGAGUUGUUCAGGUCUGGUUCCAGAAUGCCCGGGCGAAAGAGAAGAAGUCCAAGUUAAGCAUGGCCAAGCAUUUUGGUAUCAACCAAACGAGUUACGAGGGACCCAAAACAGAGUGCACUUUGUGUGGUAUCAAGUACAGCGCGAGGCUGUCUGUACGCGACCAUAUCUUUUCCCAGCAGCAUAUCUCCAAAGUUAAGGACACCAUCGGAAGCCAGCUGGACAAGGAGAAAGAAUAUUUUGACCCAGCCACCGUACGCCAGUUGAUGGCUCAGCAAGAGCUGGACCGGAUUAAAAAGGCUAAUGAGGUCCUUGGACUGGCAGCUCAGCAGCAAGGGAUGUUUGACAACGCCCCUCUCCAGGCUCUUAACCUUCCUACCACGUAUCCAGCGCUCCAGGGCAUUCCUCCCGUGUUGCUUCCCGGCCUCAACAGCCCCUCUUUGCCAGGCUUUACUCCAUCCAACACAGCUUUAACGUCUCCUAAACCGAACUUGAUGGGUCUGCCCAGCACAACAGUUCCUUCCCCUGGCCUCCCCACAUCUGGAUUACCAAAUAAACCGUCCUCAGCUUCGCUGAGCUCCCCAACCCCAGCACAAGCCACCAUGGCAAUGGCCCCUCAGCAACCCCCACAACCCCAGCAGCCACAGGUGCAGCAACCUCCUCCACCGCCAGCAGCCCAGCCGAUACCCACGCCACAGCUUCCCCUGCAACAGCAACGCAAGGACAAAGACGGUGAGAAAGGAAAGGAGAAGGAAAAGGCACACAAAGGGAAGGGGGAACCCCUACCUGUCCCCAAGAAGGAGAAAGGAGAGGCCCCUACAGCGGCUACAGCUACCAUCUCAGCCCCACUGCCCGCCAUGGAGUACGCGGUGGACCCUGCUCAGCUGCAGGCCCUGCAGGCGGCCUUGACUUCAGACCCCACAGCAUUGCUCACGAGCCAGUUCCUUCCUUACUUCGUACCAGGCUUUUCUCCUUAUUAUGCCCCCCAGAUCCCUGGCGCCCUGCAGAGCGGGUACCUGCAACCUAUGUAUGGCAUGGAAGGCUUGUUCCCCUACAGCCCUGCCCUGUCGCAGGCCCUGAUGGGGUUGUCUCCAGGCUCACUACUGCAGCAGUACCAGCAAUACCAGCAGAGUCUGCAGGAGGCAAUUCAGCAGCAGCAACAGCAGCAGCAGCGGCAACUACAGCAGCAGCAACAACAACAACAAAAAGUGCAGCAGCAGCAGCAGCCCAAAGCAAGCCAAACCCCAGUCCCCCAGGGGGCUGCUUCCCCAGACAAAGACCCUGCCAAAGAAUCCCCCAAACCAGAAGAGCAGAAAAACGUCUCCCAUGAGGUGUCCCCCCUUCUACCGAAACCCCCCGAAGAGCCAGAAGCAGAAAGCAAAAGUGCGGACUCCCUCUGUGACCCCUUCAUUGUUCCAAAGGUGCAGUACAAGUUGGUCUGCCGCAAGUGCCAGGCGGGCUUCGGCGACGAGGAGGCGGCUAGGAGCCACCUGAAGUCCCUCUGCUUCUUCGGCCAGUCUGUGGUGAACCUGCAAGAGAUGGUGCUUCAUGUCCCCACCGGCAGUGGUGGCGGUGGCGGUGGCGGCAGCGGCUCAUACCACUGCCUGGCGUGCGAGAGCGCGCUUUGCGGGGAGGAAGCGCUGAGUCAGCAUCUCGAGUCGGCCUUGCACAAACACAGAACAAUCACGAGAGCAGCAAGAAACGCCAAAGAGCACCCUAGUUUAUUACCUCACUCUGCCUGCUUCCCCGAUCCUAGCACCGCAUCUACCUCGCAGUCUGCCGCUCACUCAAACGACAGCCCCCCUCCCCCGUCGGCCGCCCCGUCCUUGUCCGCUUCCCCCCACGCCUCCAGGAAGUCUUGGCCGCCAGUGGGCUCCCGGGCUUCGGCCGCAAAGCCCCCUUCUUUUCCUCCUCUCUCCUCAUCUUCAACGGUUACCUCAAGUUCAUGCAGCACCUCAGGGGUUCAGCCCUCGAUGCCAACAGACGACUAUUCGGAGGAGUCUGACACGGAUCUCAGCCAAAAGUCCGACGGACCGGCGAGCCCGGUGGAGGGUCCCAAAGACCCCAGCUGCCCCAAGGACAGUGGUCUGACCAGUGUAGGAACGGACACCUUCAGAUUGUAAGCUUUGAAGAUGAACAAUUACAAAUGAAUUUAAAUAAAAAAUUAAUAACAAACCAAUUUCAAAAAUAGACUAACUGCAAUUCCAAAGCUUCUAACCAAAAAAACAAAAAAACAAAAAACAAAAAAAAAGGAAAAAAAAAAAAGAAAAAGCGUGGGUUGUUUUCCCAUAUACCUAUCUAUGCCGGUGAUUUUACAUCCUUGUCUCUUUUUUUUUUCUUUUAAUAUUAAAAAGAAAACACAAAUCCUACCCCUGUUACAUUGUGUCCUUUUAAAGGUACUAUUGGUCGGGGAAGCUGAAGUCCGCAGGGCCUGCCUAUUGUCGUUGGAGCUUAAACCCCUUGUAUAUUUGCCCCUUUUGAGAACUACCCCACCUUGAUAGCACAGAGGAGGCCGGCACGCGCUGUAUGGGAAAGCACUCCGCCUUGUUACAGUUUUAAAUGUCUUGCUAGCUUAGCACUCAGAUACCAAUGGCUUGCUAAAAGAAAAAAAAAAAAGAAAAAGAAAUGUAAUGUCUUUUUAUUCUCAGGUCAAUCGCUCACACUUUGUUCUGUUUUCAGAAUCAUUGUUUUAUGUUUUUUUUUCUUUUGUUCCAGAAAAGAUUUUUUUUGUUUUGUUUUGUUAAUUUAAAAAUGGGCAGAAAGUAUUCAAGAAAAACAAUGUGAACUGCUUUAGCUUUCUGGGGAUUUUAAAGAAUAGCUUUUCUGCUGAAGCCAAUUUCAAGGGGAAAAGCUAAGCACUCCACCUUCAGAGAAAAAAAAAACCCACACAGAGUGUUGAGGACUUGUAGCUUAAAAGAGAUGAGUUUUAAAAACUGACUUUCUGUAUUUAUGGUAGGUAUGAGCAUUUUUGGUCUUGAGUAGAUUGCGGCAUUGGAGAUGAGCUGAAGCAGUAUGGUAGACUUAAACCCUUGGUGCGCUUAGCUUUCGUGUGGUCCAGCCACAGCUCCUCAUUUGAUGUCUUGUUCAUCCCUAGUGGAUAGAUUGCAAUCUGUUGCUUCACCUACACUUCUCCCCUUUCCCCCCCACCCCCACCCUCUCAUCUCCUUCUUAAAGUGGCUGCCUUCGUUUCUCGGAGGGUGCUACAGAAUUAUUUUAUAAACCUAGAGAAAGCAUUUCGGAGGACUCUAGGGGUCACCAGGGUCCUCACAGAUUAUUUUUGGCUGGGGAGCUGAGACUUUGGAAAGGCAGUUAAUUCUAGUUACCUGUGUCUGGUAGCCCUGAGCGUUUAGCUUUUUAUUUAUCCUUCCUUUGCUUUUUCUUUGUGCCCCUCCUCCUCUUUCUUUCUCUCUCUCCUUGAUCUGUGGACUCUUCAGAUAUUCAUUUCUUGAACUAAAACAUUCAUUUCUGUAGUUGAGGCUGUAUGUGUUUCUUUCUAAGAGGUUUUUGGCUAGAGAUUUGGUUUUGGUUUUUUGUGUUUGUGUCUUUUCUUUCCUCUCUCAGAAAAAGAAAUUUCAUGCUUUAAAAAAAAAAAAAAAACAAUCCAAAGACAUACCCUUUCACUGCUGAUGCAGAAAAGGGGGAAAGGGUUCUUGUUACUUGAGAAUUUGUUUCUGAUUUAAACAAACAAGAGGUAGUGUAAUAAAAGAAAGAGUAACACAAAAGAGUUCCCAGGUCAUUGUGUGCUUCUUCUGCAAGCAGAGAGGCAACUGUUAAUGACAAUUCCAGAUACCAAAAGACACAUUUUUUUUUUUUACUUCAAAGUUUUGUCCUUGUAUUAGGCAGUCUGAGCGGCGAGUGAUCCAGAGUGCAGCCAACAAAGAACAGAUAGCAGUGUACAGUGAGCAAAAAAGGAACCAUGUGCAUCAGGCACUUGUGUUUCUGUUACUGUCCAUAUCCCUGUAACACAACACAACGCAACACACACCCAUCUUCAUCUUAAAACGGUCUGAGCUUUGAAAGGAGAACUUUGUGCUGCUAAAACAUAAGUUUUGAAGACAAAUAGAUGCUUUGCUGUUUCAGUUUCAUAGCCAAACCCCAACAGACAUAAUCUCCCUCACCCCCAAAGUGCGAACGCCUCCCUCACUCUCUUCCUUAUGUUUCAAAGGGAACUUUGAAGACUGUGAAUCCAGGUUCCGUUGGCCACCUUCUGGGCUUCUUCCCCAGUGCUGAAGCCACUCAUUGACUUUGCAAAAGACUGGAGCAUUCCAAGAUCUGAAAUCUUUUCAUUUUUCCUUUUUCUUCCUUUCCUUUCUUUCUUAGCCGGGACUAUUUUUAUGAAUUUGUUUUUAGUUAAAGAAAGAGUAGGUCCUGAACUGUUGUACAUAUUUCUAACUAGGCUGAUGCACAGUGCAAAUUCCUUUUUAAUUUUUUAAAAGUAGAAAUACUAAAAGAAAACCAUCGUAACUAUCAGUAUCCAGUUGUAGCAUAAGGUGUCAAAAAAACAAAUACGCAGAACACUUACUGUUUUAAAUAGCUAUUUCCUUUAAACAAGAAUUCUUGUAUUUCUCCCUGUGUUUUGAGAUGAACACUUUUAAAUUUUAAAGUUGUACAGUUUUUUUGUUUUCCAUUAUUUUAUCUUGUUUGUAACUCUAUGAAAUAUAUAUAUAUAUAUUUUUUGCCAUUUAACUGUUGUAUGUUACUGUGUCUGUAUCUAUAGAAAAAUGUUUGUUUUUGGUUCUCUGUGUGAUACAAUUUAACAAUUUAACACUAGCUUUACCUGCCGUUCUGCUAGGUCUUCUCGAAAACUGUUUUUUAAAAUGAUAUUGCUUGGUAAUAGUGCAAUUUCCUCCCCACCCCCAACCUCAAGUUUGUUUGUUUUUUUUUCUAACUCUGCCAGUCCUUCCCCAAUGGUUUUCUUUGUUCUAUUUUGAGCUACUACCAUCCUCCCUCUGUGAGGCAGAGUGACUGUCAGUGUUUCACUGUGCCAUGCCUUGACCCGUGGGUGUGUUUGGCAACAAUAAGGUGGCUGGGUAGAAUGGCUGCUGCCCACCAGUGCCCCUCAAAGGAGAUCUGUGAGGGUUUCAACCUGGAGUGGCUUGUGUACUGACCGCUUUCCUCUGUGGCUGCGGCACAGCACCCACACGUAUAUUCAUCAAAGAAGAAAUCCUCAGCACUAAGCCAGAAAUAGCGAAGCAGUCAGUGAUGGUGAAAAUCAGCAGGCAAACAAGAGCUGGUCACGGAGUUGUGGCCUAGCAGCCACAGUGGCUGUGACCUGUAGCGUGACAAAGCAUGCAUUUCCUACAGUGCUCAGCCGUUUAGAUGCUCUCCCUCGGGGAGUCUGCUCCUGUCUGCUGCUGGAGCAAGUAGCUGAGGUGACUGUCUCAACUCACUUUUAAAAUUAGUUCCUAACUUCUAUUGGCACUUCGGUUUUGGGGUUUUGGUUUGUUUUCGUUGUUGGCAUGAAUAUCUCCCCAUCCCCACCGCCCAGUUCCUUCAUGGUGUGACUUGGUGCUAGACACUCUUGGGCAUGAGGCACCUGGAUACCUGUCAGAAUCUGAAGUUAUUUCAUCCAUCCUUUCUCUAUCCCUCCCAUAAGUUUAAGAAAGGAAACCACACACACACACACACACACACACACACACACACACACACACUGCAUCUAGGAAGUUGGGGUUUUUCUUAGUUUGCUUUUUUAGUUAAAAGCUAUUUAAAGAGGUGAAUGUGGCCAAAGUGUUACACAACUGAAAAUAAACUAAAAAAGGCGGCACACGAUGAAACCUGAGUGAUCAGGCAUGGCAGGAAGUUGCGGGAGAGAAGGCAGUGACCCAAUCCAGUGCACUUGAUGUUCAUGGACAUAUAUUUUUUUUAAAUAAUAAAUUAAAUUAAAACAUUUUAAAUAGAAGCAUAAAAUUGAGUUGGUUGUUUGUUGGCGCUGAGAUACUGCCCACUGUGAAACAAAGCUUUGACUAGUUUGUUUUGUUUGUUUACUUUCUUCAGGGGGGGAGGGGGCAAGUUUGGGUAGGAAGGAAAGCAUAAAUGAACGUGACCCUGAGGUAAAGAGGUAUAUGAACAGCCUUUGCAAUGUACAAAAAAAAAAAAAACCAACAACAACAAAUAAAAAAAAACACAAAAAAACAAACAAAAACAACAAAAACAAAAAAAAAAUAGAGCAAGUGAAACCAAAAAUGAUGUUCUUGGUGUUUUUCUAUAAUGUAGUCUUGUUAGCUUUUUUGUUACUGUAACAACGCUGAUCUCGAACUGUACCAAAAUACAUGGAGACUAACAGAACCACAAGGAACUCUCAAACUGAAAAAGAAAUUUGUCACAAAAACUUUGUUGUCAUAGUUAAGUUGAUUGUAGAUGGUAAUUGAAUAUACUCCUUUGAAAAUAUUUCAUCAAGUAUGUUUCCUGCUCAUUGUGAUACAUUAAAAAAUAUGAGCAAAA